AUGUGUGGCAUUCUCGCUCUCAUUCUCGCCAACAGUUCUUCUACAUCCGCCGCAGUUGACCUACAUGAAGCGCUCUAUCUCCUCCAGCACCGUGGUCAAGAUGCCUGCGGAAUCGCGACCUGUGCGACUGGUGGGAGGAUAUACCAGUGCAAAGGGAAUGGUAUGGCUGCAAAAGUCUUCCAAGAUGGUUCAAGAAUAGUCGAUCUACCAGGAUUUAUGGGCGUUGGACAUCUGAGAUAUCCGACCGCAGGGAGCAGUGCCAAUGCUGAAGCGCAGCCGUUCUACGUCAACAGCCCGUAUGGGAUAUGUCUCGCUCACAACGGCAACCUGAUCAACGCACCCGAACUCAAAAAAUACCUUGACAUUGAGGCACAUAGACAUAUCAAUACUGACAGCGAUAGUGAGCUUAUGCUCAAUAUAUUUGCUGAUGAACUCAAUGAAACUGGAAAAGCUCGCGUGAAUGAUGAUGAUGUUUUUGCCAGCUUGAGCCGGAUGUACGAAAGAUGCAAAGGUGGAUGGGCGUGCACCGCAAUGAUCGCUGGCUAUGGCAUCAUUGCAUUCAGAGACUCUUUUGGAAUUCGUCCCUUGGUGCUGGGGUCUAGAUAUUCUCUCGAUGGGCCUGGCAAAGACUAUAUGGUGGCCUCAGAGUCUGUUGCACUGGAACAGCUUGGCUUUAAAGUCACUCGCGAUAUUUUGCCUGGGGAGGCGGUGAUUGUUCAGAAAGGUCAUGAGCCUGUUUUUCGCCAAGUCCAGAAGCAAAUUGAGUAUGCACCGGACAUCUUCGAAUACGUCUACUUUGCUCGGCCAGACUCGGUGAUGGACGGUAUCAGCGUUCACCGAAGUCGACAGCAUAUGGGCGCCAGACUCGCUGAGCGGGUCAAGCGGACACUCAGCCCACAAGAUCUUGAGGACAUUGAUGUUGUUAUUCCGAUCCCAGAGACAUCGGUCACUUCGGCUUCACUGGUGGCUCAAGUGCUUGGGAAAGAAUACUGUCACGGCUUUGUCAAGAAUCGCUACGUAUUUAGGACGUUUAUCAUGCCUGAACAAAAAGCCAGGCAAAGAGGUGUCCGACGCAAGCUCAAUGCGAUGGCCAUGGAGUUUAAAGACCGAAACGUCCUCCUGGUGGAUGAUAGUAUUGUACGAGGGACCACAAGCCGUGAAAUCGUUAACAUGGUGCGCGAAGCCGGGGCAAAGAAGGUGCACAUCGCCAGUUGCGCUCCACCGAUCACUCACGCGCAUAUCUAUGGCAUUGACCUGGCAUCACCUCUCGAAUUGGUUGCACACAACUAUCCCGGAGCGGAUGCGAUCGCCAAGCAUAUCGGGGCGGACAGUGUGGUGUAUCAAUCACUAGAUGACCUCAAGGCUGCCUGUGUGGAUGCAGCUCGAGAAGCCAAGAGCGAAAAUGCUCCCCAGAAUUUUGAAGUUGGAGUGUUUUGUGGUUCAUACAUUACGCCCGUUGAUGAAGCAUAUUUCGAGCAUGUUGAACGCAUCAGGGGACAAACACGUAAGUUCAAGGUCAUGGACGAAGCACGACGCGCAAUUGUCCAAGGAAUAGCCGGCCAGGAUCAGAUUCAGAUGGCGACAAAUGGGGUCAUGGUCAGUGAUAGAGGCCACGUUGUGCCGGCAUCGGGAUCGAAUGGAGGCUCCCCAAAGCCUCCUAUCAAAACAAAGGGUGUCUCAGGUCGGGAUUUGCACGCCUCUCAGGAGGACGAGAGCCCAUCAGUGCGGGACAGAAUGGACAUCAGCAUCCAUAAUUUUGCAGACUUUCCGGACAGAUGA